GAGCCUCCACCUGUUGCUCGACGGUUAAUUAGCUACACCAAACGGUUUUCUGCGCAUCGUGGAAAGUGGCGUUUUACCUGAUGUUUCCUUCGUCUGGACUUUUUGCAGAUAUAAAUUGUCCUUUCUCGGAACAUGGGCUUUGUGAGAGGCCUCACUGUUUGUACAGACACGCCGCAGAAUUACGGGAAAUGUUCGGUGCCUCAUAUUCCAUAGCUGACUUUGCAGCAGUGCAAAGUGGCUAUCCAGUGAAUGGUGAGACCAAAGAUGACUGCCUCCAGGAGCUGGAGCGGAUCAACAAGGAGAUAGAAACUGUAAGGCACGAGGUGGAGCAAGAGCAAAGGCGACUGUCACGCUACAAAACCGUACAGGCAGGGAGCAUAAAAACUAUGCCUAAUUUCUCUGUUUCCAAGUUAGAAACUGCAGGUGAAAAUGUAGACAAAGGUUAUUAUGGACUGUCCUCUUCCACAAACUCUACUAAAGCCUACUCCCAAGCAAGGAAAUACGUGGUGGACAACUCAAAACCAAGGACUGAUUUGGAGUACGACCCUCUGUCCAACUUUUCUGCUGGCUUAUGCUCUUACAGCUCUCCAGAUAAAGAGCCAAAGGUGAAAAAUGGACAGGGGUUGAAAAGAGUACGAAAUGCUAUACCUCGUGACCAGAAGAAGCCAGUUGCAUGUCAGUCUUGGCUUUCCCAGUCUCCAUCUCGAGAGCCACUUGAUGACUCUAAUGAAGAUGGCAUCCUGAUUAUUGACAUUCCUCCCUCACCUGACAAUAAGAGAGCAAGAGCUGAGACACCUGUUGGUUCUGUUGCUGGCAAAUCCCUCCGGGAUAAAGUAAGGGGAUUGGAGGAGGUCAGAACAGCUCCUAUUUUACUUAUAAAUGCUGAGGCUCACAAGGUAGCAUCUCUACCUGCAUCAACAAUAGAAGAAAAUAAAGUUUCUGGGCAUUGCAGUUCUAAAAACACUCAAGGUCCAUUCAUUCUUUAUGAGAAUAUAGAAUGUGAAAAUAUAGCAGUUGAUGGGAGUGUCGUUAAGUUAACUGGCUGUUUGAAAGACCUGCGACAUGAAACUCAGAAAAUGACUCAUGUUUCUGAAAAAGAAGUGGAGAAAAGUCCCAAACCUUCAAGUCACCCAGCCAUGGCCCAGCAAGAUCAAGCCUGGAACAAUCUGGUGGUGAAAAAGGAAGAAAACAUGUUACAGGUUGAAUUGCCUCAGUGUGAGCUGCCCCAUAGUGUUGAGAAAAUGAAUCUACUGCAGCCACAUUAUCUUCUACCCAAGAAGUCAGUUUCUUAUAAAGCUACUGCUAACUCAGAUUCACCAUGCAGGCAACACACCAAGCAAACCCUGACAGCACAGCAGCCACCUCUGAACAGGGUUAGUAGUCAGUUGUCUUUGACAAAAUGUGUACCAUCAGUGCUGCCACACAGCCAGAAAACUCCAAGCAAAAUGCCAGGACAGAUACAGGGUAAAGCUGCUCCACCUGGAAGAUACCUGGAGCCAGCGGAACAAGCUUCAGGCAGCACCCAAGAUCAGGACCAGCACAAUUCAUCAGCAUUGGCUUUGGCAAACAAAGCAAAGUUAUCUUCUGCAUCAUUUGAACAGCAUCUUGUAAAACAAGAUUAUGAGGACAUUAUAACUAUUAGUUCCAGCUCUGAUGAUGAAGGUGAGCUCAACUAUUCAGAUAUGGAUGUGUCUGACAGUGACCCAAUGGAGGAAUGCUACAGGAUCUUCAUGGAGGCAAACAAUGAGGAUGCGGGAAAUAAGGAGCAACCUGAUUUGUCUGUUGGAGCUAUGGAUGUGGAGAAGCCGGAGUUUAAUGUCAAACCUCAAGCACUCCCAGGAAAGACGAGGGUGGCUCAUGAAGUCAAACAUACAGAGCAGCCAGUGGCUAAGAGCAGACCUCAGCCCCAGGUGCUGGUUCCUCUACGUGGACCUGCGGUGUCAGGAUUUGCUUCCCACCCCUCCAUCACCUCCAAGAUCCAGCAGGUCCAGCAGAGAGCCUCCGUGCUGACUGCUUCAGUUAAAGGUGGUCAGGCUUUUGUUUCCUCCACCUGCCAGUGGAAGCCAGAGACCCAGAGUGCAUCUUUUCCUUCAAAUCAAGCCCCCGAAAACCUGCAGCCUGCUCCUGUGCAAAAUGCUUACAUGAACUACAUAUCUUUGGGACCUGCUGUGAUUGAAGUGGGCAACAAUUUGCACUUGAUCCUCCCCGAAGGCACCUACCCGCUGCCUGUCACUUCCAGUUCCAGCCAAGUUACCUCAGUGCUAACCCCAAUCAGUCAAGUUGAAACGAGCACCGGUGCUGUGAGACAAAUGUACCAUCCACCUGCGCUUACCCCAGUGCAAAGAUACCGCACAACAGCACCUGUGCUCAUCCCUGCGCCGAUACGUAAACCUUCACUGACCUCUGCCUCUGCAGCAUCACAUUCAAGUCCAACUGCUUCCGCGACUCCUCAAGCUGCUGUCUAUACUCAGGUUAAGCCAGCGCCUUCUAAACGUAAGAUGAAGCAGCAGUGUGAGGCUGCCAAAGACAAAGUACCCCAUGACGUCCGACAGCGUUAUGUCAACAUGUUUACAGAGGAGUUCCUCAAGACUACAGCCAAUGUUAAUGAUGCCUUUGAAAAGGCACUUGCUGAAGAGAAGACUGUGUAUAACCGCAGUGUAAACAAACUCAAAUAUCUGAGUGUUGCAGUGAAUGCAUUGAAAAAGCUGAAGAACCAAAGUGCUGUUGCUGUUAAAGAUAAAAAUGAAGCCAACAGCCAAAGAUCGAAAGGCAACGUUCCCCUUGAUAUGAAAAAGUUGAAACGGAAUGAUGAUAUGGCAUUGUAUGAGAGUUUGAAGGACUAUAUUUUGACUGAAGAAAAGCUGGUUGAGAGCAACUUUCCUGUCAAGCACCCAGAGAGACCAGGCUGUGUUGUUCUUUUUGCUGACAGUAAGAGAGGCAGCGCAGACCCCCUCAAGAGGAUCUGCUGUCGAUGUGGAGCUACAUACUCUGUGAACCAAAUGGGCAAACACACCCGUAAAGAGGAGUGUAAUUACCACUAUGGGAAAGGAGUUACAAAAAAAGUGCCAGGUGGAGUGGAGACCCGCUACAGUUGCUGUGAGGGAGUCAUGGGAGCACCUGGAUGUCAGGUGUUUCAGUUGCACGUCCAUGAUUCCCUCAGCCUGGAUGGAUUUGUUUCGACUGUCUCCAGACAUCCCUCAGAUACGAGCUGUCCUGGGGUAUACUCCUUGGAUUGUGAAAUGUGUUAUACCAUUCAUGGUCUGGAGCUAUCCAGGGUGACUGUGGUCAACUCUAGUCUGCAAGUUGUCUAUGACACCUUUGUCAGACCUGAUAAUGAGGUCAUCGACUACAACACAAGAUUUUCAGGCAUCAGUGAGGAAGAUGUGAAGGGUAACCACACCUCCCUCAGAGAGGUACAGGAGAUCUUAUUGAGCUUCAUCAGCGCCGACACCAUUCUGAUUGGACACGGCCUGGAAACAGACCUCUGUGCCCUGAAGUAUUUGCUAAACAACCUGACUGCUGAAUACCUGAGGAGGAUCAUCCAAGAGAGUGUUUGUGGCCAUGACACGACAGAAGAUGCUGCAGCCUGCAUGGAGCUUAUGUUUUGGAAGGUCAAAGAAGAUGGAAAAAUGAAAAAAUGAUGGAAAUAAAACAUGACAAUCUCCACACUCUUCUUACACAGAAAAUGUUAUGCAAUUUAAAUGUCACAUAUAUUUGCAUUCUGAGGACAUGGAUGGGCUGUUAAUUUUUUAGUUUGAUGACCUCACUUGAUUUAUGUUGAAAUAUUUUUUGCAUGUUAAAUUUUGAUUUGCAGCCCAUGUGUCUAUGCCAGUAUAAGCAUUUGUGAAAACCUGAAGAGGCGUGGUGUGAUCAAUAUUAUCCAAUUAAAGGAACAUAAUGAA